AUGUCGUCCCUGCUGCCCGUCGCCGUCUACGGCCUGGAGGUCCCUCCGGGUGACAUCCUGGUUCCCGCUCAGUUUGAGUUCCCUGCGACUAUUCGCAUCACCAUGGCGGCCAUUGAUCCGACCGCUGAGCCAGAGACCGAUGGCCAGGGCAACGUUCCCACAGUGCCCCGCUCCACCCUCAAGCUGAUCAAGACGACCGCUGAGGAGGAUGACGAUGAGUAUCUCGAUAUCGACGGCGAGGACAGCGAGGACGAUGAGGAGUCCGACGAUGAGGAGGUCAAUGGCGGCCCCAGCGACCCCGCCAAGAGCAAGAAGGCCCGCCGCGAGGCCGCCAUCAAGAAGCUCCUGGAGGCUACCAAGGAGGAGUCUGACGAGGAGAUGGAGGAUGCCGAUGCCAAGCCCAACGGCAAGGGUAAGAAGGACAGCAAAGGCAAGGCCAAGGCCAGCGAGUCCGAUGACGAGAAGAGCGACGAGGAUGACGAGGAGGGCGAACCCAACUUUGAGGAGUUCGUCGUCUGCACUCUCGACACCGAGCGCACCUACCAACAACCCAUUGACAUCACCAUCACCGAGGGCGAGAAGGUGUUCUUCGUCGUUAAGGGCACCCACAAGGUCUACCUGACCGGCAACUACGUCCUGCCCGAGGGACAAGACGAGGAGGACGAUGAGGAUGAGGAGGACUACUCGGAUGAGGAGUACGACCUGCCCCAUGGUAUUGAGCUUGAGUCAGAUUCUGACUAUGAAAGCGAUGAGCUGGAUGAGAUCGAUGGCACCCCUCGCAUCAAGGAGAUUGACACCGAUGAGGAGGAGGAAGAGGCGCCGAAGCUGGUCGAUACGUCCAAGAAGGGUAACAAGAAGCGCCCGGCUGAGGAGGCCGAGAACCUCGACGACCUGGUCGCCAAGGACAAGAAGCAGGCCGAGAAGCAAAAGAAGCUCAAGAACAACAAGGGUGAGGCUGUCCCCGCCGAGAACAAGGACGUUAAGAAGGAGGGCAAGUCCGACAAGAAGGUCCAGUUCGCCAAGGAUCUCGAGCAGGGCCCGUCCGGUCCGGCUAAGGACAAGCUUGAGAAGAAGGAGGAGAAGAAGGAUGACAAGGCGGACCUCAAGAAACCAAGUCUCGGUGUCAAGGUUGUCCAGGGCGUCACCAUUGAUGACCGCAAGCUCGGUACUGGCCGCACUGUUAAGUCUGGCGACCGCGUCAGCCUCCGCUACAUCGGCAAGCUUACUAACGGCAAAGUGUUCGAUGCCAACAAGAAGGGUGCGCCUUUCACCGUCAGGGUCGGCAAGGGCGAGGUCAUUAAGGGCUGGGAAAUCGGCCUUAUCGGCAUGCAGGUUGGUGGCGAGCGUCGCCUGACUAUCCCCCCUCACCUGGCCUACGGCAGCCGGGCGAUGCCCGGCAUCCCGGCCAACAGCACGCUCGUCUUCGACAUCAAGUUGCUCGAGAUCAAUAUUGCAUCUGGCGCGAGCCCCAUGCAAGAGGAGGAGUCCGACAUGAAGCCUGGUGUUGGCAUUGGAGACCGACAAGGCCUGUUCGAGGACAAUAACCUCUCCGCCGGGCCGGACACUUGCUCCAAGGCUGAGACCUGGCCGCCAGUUACGACGAAGACAGUAUCGAGUUCGACAACGACUGCGAGUCCAGUUGCCUCAGGUGGCCUGACGCUACCCUCGAAAUUGCGUCGUCACGGACUAAAGGUUGCCUCUGCGCUGAGGUCGCUUACCAAUAGCUCCUCCAAAAGACAAGUCGACUCCCUCCAGUUCACACCGGCAUCAACAUCUUCAUCCUCGGCCAACAACAAAUCCUCUUCGGGUCUGACUUCCGGCCUGCACAGAGUGUCCAGUGCCGUCUUUCGCGCCCCAACCAUGGACCCGACCAUUGUUCACCGCACUCCAAGCAAGAAAAGACCCUCGCUCAAGAAGACAUUCCGACCUGUAACACCACCGGCGUCGUCAUCGUCAGGAAAGAGCAGCGGCCCGGCAGAGGCUAUAACGCCAGCAAGCAACUCUAAUUCUGACUCGGGUAAAGCAAGCAACGCCUCUCCCGAGGCAGGCAACAUGUCCAACUCAACCGGCAAGACAUCGUUGUAUUCCAUUCCGAGGGACAUUACCAAUCCGAAUUCGCCUGUCACGCCCAACUCGAACUCUAGCUCCAUCAGCCCCAAGAGCCCGGCUUCUACCGCCACAACAAGCAGCAACCCCAUCUCCUCAGCCAGUCCAAACUCUCCGCCUACCACACAAACCUCCUCCUCCCCGGCAAGUAGUCUCACGACAAUCCACGAAACCCCCAUCGAGAGGUGCUCGCCUGGUAUCACAACCGUUGAGAGAGCUGCUGCAGCCAAGAUUUUCCUGGAAACACAUUUUCAUGCCCUCCUGGCGCCCGGACCGACGGCACGACAGUUGCGUUUACAAGCGCUGGAGGCAGAGCUGUUUCAUCUCUCCCGAAAAAGGGGAGGGGGUUUAAACGCCAUGGAAGCCCAACAGGCACGGGAGAGGUUCUAUCAAGGGGAGAGCGACUACCUCCGGGAAGUGCGAGUCCAAAAGGCCAAAUGCACAAGAGCACUAGCUGGCAGAGGAGGAAAAGUCUGCGCGGGAUACGAGACAGUCAAGCUUUUAGGCAAAGGGAGUUUCGGCGUCGUCCGUCUCGUCCGGGACAGGGGGAAUGGCCGUGUGUACGCGAUGAAAGUCAUCCGCAAAAGCAGGAUGCUCCGUACUAGCCAGGAAGGUCAUCUCCGCGCCGAACGGGACAUCCUCGUCGCGAGCGAAGGGUCGCGAUGGAUUGUCCCACUAGUCGAGGCUUUCCAAGACCUGACAAACCUCUACCUGGUGAUGGAGUACAUGCCGGGAGGUGACUUUUUGGGACUCUUGAUCCGGGAGAACACGCUGCACGAGACGGUGGCCAGGUUCUACAUCGCCGAGAUCAUCUUAUGCGUAGAGGCCGUGCAUGCACUGAAAUGUGUGCACCGCGACAUCAAGCCGGACAAUUUCCUCAUCUCGGCGACAGGCCACCUCAAGAUCAGUGAUUUCGGACUGGCAUUUGAUGGCCAGUGGGCGCAUGAUGCCGCGUAUUAUAAUCAGCAGAGGUAG